UUUUCCGUUCCUUUUUUGUUCCAUUCGUCAAACAUAUUCUUCUUCUUUAUUUUAUUUUCAACAUUGUCACUCGGCCCUCCAUCAACACCCAGGAACCCUCCUCCCUCUUUCCGUUUUAUCUAUUUUUCAGUACAAAUACCUUCUAUUAAUAUUCAAUUUUCUAUGACAGACCAAGAGCUCAAAAGACCCUCAGCCUUAGCUAUCUCCACCACCCAAAAUGAUCCAAGGAAAACAACGCUGUGUCUGUGCUAAACACAACCAACCAAGCAACAGCCAAGGAGGCGCAGGCCGGUUCUGUUGCUUAUGUAUUUUCAUCUUCCUCCUCUUAGCAGGAGCCACAGCCCUUACUGUUUGGCUCAUCUACCGUCCCCACAAACCUCGUUUCACUGUUGUCGGUGUUGCUAUCUAUGAACUCAACGCCACCUCACAACCCUUCAUUUCCACUUCCAUGCAGUUCACUAUCGUUACAAGAAACCCCAACAGGAGAGUCUCCAUCUUUUAUGACAAGUUGCAAGCUUAUGUUUCGUAUAGAAACCAACAGAUUACUCCCCCAGUGGACUUGCCACCACUGUACCAUGAGACAAAGAGCACGGUUGCCCUGUCUCCGGUGCUUGGUAGCGGGAUGGUACCAGCAUCGGCGGAGGUGGUAAAUGGACUGAUGAUGGAUGAGGCUUACGGAGUGGUGGCGCUGAGGGUGGUGUUAUUGGGGAAGUUGAGAUGGAAGGCUGGUGCUAUAAAGACAGUGAAGUACGGAGUUUAUGUGAAAUGUGAUGUUUGGAUUGGUUUGAAGAAAGGUGUGGUAGGUCAGGUACCUUUGCUUGGAGCUCCUCCCUGUAAAGUUGAUAUAUGAAGUAGGAAAAGAUGGAUAUAUAUAUUUAUAUUGUAAGGAGGCUUUUACCUUAAAAUCUUUUUCUGGGUUCCGUCUUCUCUGUAUGUUUCAUUAAUAUUAGUGUAGCUAGCUAGCUUUGGUACUUUCGUUUUCCUUUGUUUGUAAACUUCUUUAUGUUUUGUUACUCUAACUAUAUCUGCCGAAAAGCAGAAGAAAUCCAAAACUAAGUUCAGGCACUGUUGCACAGAGGAACAUGUACUCGUAAGCAAUGUGGUCAGAAAAAUUAAUGCAAGAGGGCUUCUUAAUUCUUCUUCCAUUUCAUUUUCUCUAUCAUUCUUUUGUUUCAGUUCCACUUCUGAGGGUGAAGUAAUAGCUAGUAAUGGCUCUGAAAUUGGUGUAUUGUCGGUUUACAAUGUUUGGAAUUGCCGCAAGGCGUCAAAGUUUGGACGAGUGGCUCUACAUGCAGCUAAAGUUGGCCACCAUCUGUUUCCUUAUUUUAUCUUUUGUUGUGACUGCUUCCUAUGUCAGCCCUGCACCCAGUAACCCACUUGUUUUACCUUCUUAAUGGUGUGGCGGCAUACCUGCCUUGUUGGCUUUCUUACACUUUUCACAUUUCACAGUUGAUGAAAGCUUGUUUUCAAAGGAGUUUUAUUACUAUUCUUGAAAAUUAAAAUACUUCCGAUCCUUAAAAUCCAUUUCCAUCAAAUGACUAUAGACUUCAUUAAUAAAAAAAAAAAAACAAAAGUUGGAAAAACAAUGCUCUAGACACAAUACGAUGCGUGGAGAAAAAAAAAAUUGCUACUUGCUUUGCCCUCGGGGCUGGUUUACAUGAGAUAAUAUUGAGCAUACAUUCCUCACUUGGAAGCAGAGCCAAAGUAUUCCUCCGACAAAGACACAAAGCUGGGGUUCUUUAAUUAGGUGCUGAUAGAACCUUUUCAGUUUUGCGUAUUCCUUUUAGUAAUAUUCGCUUCAUUUCCCUUGCUCAUAACUAAUCCAUAACGAUUGUUCAAAUCAUGUCUAUACCUUUAUCUAUAUAUUUUUUAUACCUAGACUCAAUUAUUGGUGACUAAUUAGUAUAUGGUCAGACUCA